CAGAGCUGUGUUUUAGUGUCUAGUAUUUUUAUUUUAUUUUAUAUAAGUGUGCAGAUUUUUGCUGAAUAGGUCUUCCUUGAAAAGCAAGUAAAUAGAACUGUUUUCAUUAAAAAAGGGAAAUGUGACUAGACCUGCUGUACAUACUUGCAUUCACCUGGCUGUACUUGUACAUGACAGAUAAACAGUAACACUGCAUAUGAACUGAGAUGUGACUGUAGGCAGGGUCCUCUGAGAAUGACAGCCAAUAGAUGCCAUGUAACCAUCACUACGUUUAAUAAAGGAUUCUAAGACAGUUCUGCGUGAGCUGAUCCUAUUCUAUUGACGAUGUCUACAUCACAAAAGUAUUUCAACAUUUUGACACAUUUCCCUCUGCAUUUUCCUGGAAUGCGCUGUGUUCAUGGGAUUUCUGCUCAUUUUGUUUUCAGACCACCUAUCUACAUCAUGCUGUAUGUACAUGAUGGAGGAUGCAAUAGGCUAAGGUUCCUCAGAGUAACUCUCCUCCCACUGCGCUGUUUAGCAGGAGAAACUAAAGCAACUAACCAAUUACACAGAAAGAUGAGGGAUUACAACCCAAGGUUCAUCUCCUGAAAAUGAGAUCAAGGCUGAUUAGAAGGGUUUAGCAUGACGUAGAGCAACACACUGCUUCAAUCACUUGAUGCCUCAACUGGUCACCUCUUUUUUUCAGGAAGAGGAACUGUUACAUUUUGGUCAAUUUUAUGCAAAAUUUGGUCCUUGGUAGAGAUCUCUACUUGCUGACACUAUGGAUCUCCAUGAGUUCUGGGUGGUCAGAAUGAAGAUGAAGAGGGGAAUUAUUGGCAUGGCAUCUGUGGUAGCACCAUUCUGGAAUAGAAAACAAAACUAAGCUGGUGAAGUGCAAUUUUUUUUGAAAACAUUUUUGAUAGUGAGAACACGUAAUCUUCCACUAAAGACUGAAUAUUUGACAGAUAACAAAUCAAGAAAAAAACAUGGCUUUGAUGGUUAUAAAAUUUGACUUGGCCAAGCGAAUCAAACUGGCCCAGGGACUGUGGCUCCUGUACUGGCUCGCGGUUAUGGGUGGGAUCCUCAUCUUCAGCAUGGGGCUUUUCUUCAAGAUUGAACUUCGCAAAAGGAGUGAGAUGAUGGACAAUAAUGAGAGUCAUUUUGUACCCAACCUGCUCAUCCUGGUAGGCCUUGCUGCCUGCGGCAUCAAUGUUUUCGGUGGCAAAGUGUGCCAUGACUCACUUGAUUCAGCCAAGUUUUCCAAGUGGAAGCCCAUGGUGAAGAAUUACCUGUGCGGAUGCUUUGCCUUCUCCAUCAUCCUCUUCAUCAUAGCUCUGCUUUGCUUCCUGAUGCAGAUCUCUCUACAUUUUGCCCUGGCUGAAGGUCUAAAAAAUGGGAUGAAAUAUUACAAAGACACAGACACCCCAGGACGGUGCUUCAUGAAGAGGACGCUGGACAUGACCCAGAUUGAGUUCCGUUGCUGUGGCAACAACAACUUUAGGGACUGGUUUGAGAUCCAGUGGGUUAGCAACCGCUACCUGGACUUCAGCAAUGAUGAGGUCAAAGAUCGUAUCACAAGCAACGUAGAAGGUAAAUACCUUAUGGACAGCGUUCCCUUUAGCUGUUGCAACCCUGGUUCUCCACGGCCCUGCAUCCAGCACCAUCUGACCAAUAACUCGGCUCACUAUGACUACGACCAUCACACCGAAGAACUAAACAUCUGGACUCGAGGCUGCCGUGAAGCCCUGGUCUCCUACUAUGGGGGGAUGAUGAACAGCAUUGGGGCUUUUGUGCUGCUAGUCAUGGUCUUGCAGGCUGCAGAUAUGGUGGGACUGAAAUACCUGACAACCUCUUUGGAGACCCUGACAAACCCAGAGAACCCCGAGAGUGAGAGUGAAGGUUGGCUGCUGGAAAAGAGUGUGAAAGAGACUGUAUCUGAGGUCCUGCAGAAGAUAACAUCACUUGGCAAAAAGAACCAGGUGGAGGGGGCUGAGGCUGCUGCCAGUGCCAGCUGAGCAGCUCACACACACACAAACACACACCUGGGACUGAAACCAUCCUAUAAGCAGAAUCAAAGAUUCUACAAACAAAUUCCUACAAACAUUGACACGCAUUCACUUAAGCACUCGUAAAUAUAUUGUACUGAUGGGUUGUACAACCAGAAGUGAACAAAAGUAACAGAUCCUUAAUGAACCUUUAAAUGCAUUGAGCACUAACUGAAAAAAUGUAAAUGUGAAUGUUCAUAUUGACAUGUAAAUAUGAAUUUAAAUAACAUAAAAUGGAGUUUAAUUUUAAAAAGAUGUAUAUUUGUUGUGGGAAAAAAAUGAAGGUCAGAGAAUAUUUAGGCUAAAUAUUUAUGUUGUCUCUUGCCCCCAGACAAUCAGGGUUCAGGAAGGGCCAAAAACAUAGUGGUGAUGACCCUCACAUGACCUUGUCCAAAUCCAAAGGGCUAACACCAUUAAGGCACAUAUCCUUUUGACCUUUUAUUGCAUUAUUAUAAUAUAAUAAUUUUUUUGGGGGGGGGCCUUUCAAAAGCUAGUGAAGUAAAUAUGGCCUCUGACUGGUGUCCAGGUUUUUCUCAAACACUGCUGUUUGAGUAAAUGUGCAACACUAGCACAGCUUGACAAUUUAAAUCAGGAUCAUGAUGAAAUUAAUUAAUUAUAAAGGAAUGAAUGAUGCAGCAUUCCCAUCAGUGUGUGAUCCUCUUGGGAUAAGUAUCUCAACGAGGUAUAGAAGUAAAUGACAUAUCUGAGAUCUGAGCUAGACUUUGAGGAAGGUGAAAAACCUUUUUUUCUUUUUUUUUUUUUUACAUGAUUUCGAUAGUUAAAAAUUUAAAGCAGAAUAUUUGACAGCUUACUCUUUGGUCAAAUCAUUACCAGUUGUGUUUAUGUUGUAUUUCGUGUGACCACAUUUGUAAUUUGGACUUUUUUGUGCAUUUGAACUUUUCACUGUACAGUCUUA